AUGGAAAUCUCUACAAUUGUUAAACAUGUUAAUCUUCCUGCAAAAACUAUUGUGAUAUAAAUGGAAAAUGUCUUGAUUCUUGUUUAUUAACUAAUUCUUAACUAGUAUGCACAUGCGAAAAUAUUCUUUAUUAUUACAAUAUUCUUCUAUAAUAAUGCAUUUUACGUCCUUAAUUAAAAAAUUGCUUAGCUUGGAAAAUAUGCUCUAUCUGAUAACUAAUGCAUUGGAGAAUGUCCUUAAUAUUGUUAGCACUGUUUGAAUAGUACAACUUGUCUGAAAUAUGAUGAAAUGCUCCCAUGUCAUUAGAGUUGCUCUACUUGUAAAAGACCUAUUUUCUCUGAUUCAUGCACUUCUUGCAUAUCUUCAACUCGAUAACUCAACAUAUAAACAAACUCAUGUGAUUGCAUUGAGGGUUAUUAAGAAACAGGCAAAAAAUAUUGUGAAAUGAUUCCAAGUCCUGUAAGUGAGACUCUAGCUGAUUUUUUAAAAAAGUAUUUCCAAGUAUCGUAUUACAUGAAUUUUAAGUUUGAUGCAAAGCGCAAAAGGUAAAAAUUUAAAACAAGAAAUAAUGCAAAGCUACAAAUUUUAGAAGUAUUAAUGAGCAAUAUCUUAGUGUUAGCUGGUAGAUUCUUUACAACAUUUGGAAUGUUUUCAGUAGCAAAGAUAAAUUACUAUAUUUGGUUUUUACUUGAAAUUAGAAAAAUUGGAGCUAGACUUCACGCAAUAGCAUCAGAAAUACUUUUCUUAUUAAUACUAACUAUUACCACUAUAUUCUUGAAUCAAUAAUACUAUUUAUAUGGCAAACUCUGA